AAAAUAAAAUAAAAUAAAAUAAAAAUACACAAAUUACCGUUUCGUCUUCGCCAUUGAGUCUCUGUGUCGCUAGAUUUUCUUGAUUGGCACCUCCGCACCUCGCUGCUCUAUCUCCGCGGCACCUUAAACCAUCAAUCACCCUAAACCUUCACCUAUUCUGCCUCCCAAUCUUUGCUCACAUUACUAUAUUGGUGCAAUUAUUUUUGGAAAUUACAUGUAUGGAGACUGGAGUAUAAGAUAAUGGGGAAACGAAAAAGAAGGGCUGAUAAAAUUAAAGCACCAUCGCAUCUAGACAUCAUACCAUAUGCACCUCCCGGGGGUCUGCAGUCCAAACAGAGACCUUUUGACCAAGUUGAAAGCAAUGCAUCACAGGCGCUUCUCAUGGAUGCUCCGGAUAGUUCUCUUAAGAGAUCACCAGGUCACGAAUCACCUCAUCAUCAGAAUCAUGGCUCCAGCCGUAGAAUAUUGUUGAGGCAUUCUCGUCAUCCCUUUGGUCGCCACUACUCUAGACGAAGCUCUAGUAACUAUUCAGAUGCAUCUCCUUCUAAUUGGAAGGCUUUGCCUGUUUAUGAUUCUAAGCUGUCCUUCAAAUCAGAAAGUAAAGAUCUCUCAGCCUUCCAGUAUAGAGGGAGCAGGAUAUUUCAAAAACCUGAGCGGAUAAGGUCAAGUUCAUUGGUGGAGAAUUCAAUAUGGGGAGAUGUAAGGAAGAUGGAAUGCAGGAUAUGCCAGAAGUCUCUGAGGAAGCAUCCCUUCAUGUUCGAGAUUCUUCAUCUACUGAUCUCUCUGUUGUGGCAGUUCUAGUUUGCGGCCAUGUAUAUCAUGCCGAGUGCCUGGAACAGAAAACACGCCAUGAAGAUAUCCGGGACCCGCCAUGUCCGCUGUGUGUAAGUCAGACAUGAUAUGUUGUCUAAAUAGAAUAGAAGUUGUGCUAAAGGUAUUAUGACAUGAUGUAUAGGAAAUCAGCCUCUGGGAUUUGAAUUUGGUUUGACUUAAUGUAUAGAUUAGGUGCCUCUAUCAGGCCUCUUUACCGCUAAUGUAACACUGGUUUUGCAACCUUUCGGUAUAGUCUCUAACAAAGUCGUGAUCUUCAUUUU